UUCAUUUCAUCCAUCCAUCCAUCCAUCCUCCCUCAUAAAUGACAUAAAGAAAAGAGUGUACAUCUAUGCAUAGUGCAUCAUCAUCAUCAUCUUCAUCUUUAUUCUUUGGUGCAAGGCAGUUCUGAGGCAUCGAACAAUGAACAGCAUCGCAGUCAGAAGCACAAGUGCAUGUCAACGCUCUGACCAUAGCAGCACAGCAUUGUCAGGAGCCUACCAAUGACAUCAGAAUAGAACACACACACAGAUUUAUAUUUUCAUACAUUCGCAUUUAUUAAAUCUUCUAUACUCUAUAGUAUUUAAAUUUAAUUUAAAUAAAUAAUAUUUAUAUAUUAAUAUAGAAUACUGAGUAGUACAAGCUUAAUUUCUAUUCCAUUGGACCUUGCAUUCAUCCAUCCAUCCGAGCAGAAAAAGCCAAGAGUGGUGAGUAACCGUUCCCCCCUUCCCACGCGGCAAACCAUCUUCUUUAAUUCUCAGCUUUGGUAAGACACUCUUCUCUCCUUUCCUUAAUUGCACUUCUCUCAUUUUCUCAUCUCGGAAUUAUCGUACUUCCCCCCACCCUUUUCUUUUCUUAAUUCUUAUAAAGGACUAAUAUUUAAUACAUCUGAUUUUAAUUUAAUUAGUUAAUUACUCUCGUCACAUCAAAAUCAAAUAUCUCCCUGCCAUUUAUGUGCUUUUAAAAAAAAACACCACCACUCCCUCCUCUCUUGUUUGUUCUCUUUUUAUUUUGUUGCAGUGCCGUUGAAACUUGAGAGCUAGAGUCCCCUUUGUUUUUGUCUUUUUUCUCUCCCAAUGUCCUCUUCCACCGUUGGCAAUGAGGAGGAGAAGCUUUACCCUUCCCCACUAGCCUCUCACGACGACAUCGUCAAGGACCCUUCUGUCUUUUGGGAUACUCUCAGACGCUUUCACCUCCUUCUCAGUACCAAAUUCAUCAUACUACAACAAGCUAGCUGGAAUAUGAUUUUGAUAUUCGGGAUUCCUGUGAUUGGAGGGAAGGAGCUAGAUUUGCACGUCCUGUACGUGGAGGUUACGAGGAGAAGUGGCUAUGAGAAGGUAGUUGCAGAGAAGAAAUGGAGGGAAGUGGGAACUGUCUUCAGGUUCUCAGCGACGACCACAAGCGCCUCUUUUGUGCUCAGGAAACACUACCGCAACCUUCUUUACCAUUACGAACAAGUUCACUUCUUUAAUGUUAAGGGUCCUCUAUACUCUCCAUCAUCAGAUUCAUUUUCUGGCAGCAAGCACUCCUGGAGAUCUGAGCUGGCUAUUGUUGAAUAUUCUCCCAAGCCAGUGACCCAUACUAAAGGUUCCAAACCUCAAGAGUCUAUAGACCCUUCAUCAAAUCUUUCAGGGAGGGGAACGAUAGAGGGAAAAUUUGAAUGCGGCUAUUUAGUGUCAGUGAAAGUGGGUUCAGAGGUUCUAAGAGGAGUGCUGUACCAUCCAGAGGAAUUGGUUCCUCCCCCAACUGUUCCACAAAAUGGCAAUGCCAUCGUACCCUACGGCUGCAAACCUCACCAUUCCGGCCGCCGGAGGAGGAGGAACAAGAGAAAGUGGGACCCGAACUACCCGAAGCCAAAUCGGAGUGGUUAUAACUUCUUCUUUGCUGAGAGGCAUUACAAGCUCAAGUCACUUUAUCCAAACAGAGAGAGGGAGUUUACCAAAAUGAUUGGCCAGUCUUGGAAUAGUCUCAGCCCAGAAGAAAGAAUGGUUUACCAGAACAUUGGCUUAAGAGACAAAGAAAGGUACAAGAGGGAGUUGAAGGAGUACAAGGAAAAGAUGAAGAUUAUGCAAAAUUUAGAAGUUGCGGCGCCCAGAAAUCUCACUGGUUCUGUCCUUAAUGGUAGCCAAAGAAUGGCUUAGGAAUGUUGUUUAUUAAAUCUGUUGAUCUUUAUAUGCAUAUUCUUGUGGAAUAUGGUCUAGAGGGACUAGCGGCUCAAUUUUAUAUUUUCGAUUAAACUUUGGGUUAAUUAAUUGUUAGAUCCUUUGAUUUUAUUUAAUGGAUCGCUUUCUGAUUUGAUCUA